AAUAUUUGGAAACACUGCAUGAUUACACACCGUAAAAAAAACCGUUUAUUUGACAAUAGAAAGCAAAUGGUCGGUAGCAAUUGGAUUUUUUUUUGUGUGUCCGUGUGUGCAUACAUCGACUGAAGAAAAAUAAUAGCGAUAUUGUCUCGCAUAGAAAAUAAUACAGAAAGAGAAGAAGCCCAAUGCGACACAUAAUGUGCCCAAUUUGGUAAAAAAAAUUGUUGCUUCGUUGCCAUUUCCUAUCUCUCGUCCUCGGUUGGAGAAGAAUGUCGGAGCCAAAAAGAUUCUUUAGGAGGGAAACAUAAUCAUAGUUUACCACGGACAUGGAGAAUUUAUCAGAAGAGCAAAUCGCAGAAAUGCGAGAAAUCUUCAGUCUCUUUGACAAGGACUGUGAUGGGUUUGUAGACGUACGGGAAUUGGGGAAGGUACUGAGAUCGAUGGGACUGAAUCCGACGGAAGUGGAAAUAGAGGACCUAAUAAAUCAGUACCGAGACGUGGACGAUAUUGAAGACGAAUCGGAAGAUGGCAAACUUGACUUUACGGAAGUGAUAAAAAUUUUGGCCGUCAAAACAAAGGAACCACCAGAGACAGAGGAAUAUUUGCGCGAGGCGUUUCGAGCGUUUGAUAAAGAUGGCAGUGGGAAUAUCACCUUAAUCGAGCUAAGACAAAUAAUGACAAACCACGGAGAAAAACUUUCAGAUGAAGAAGUAGCGGAAAUGAUACAGGAAGCAGACGACGGGAAGGGGGAGGUUCAUUAUGAAGAUUUCGUCAAACUUAUUCUAAGCAAGUGAACGGAAAUGGAAUCGUCUUUUUUACUAUAUAUUUUGUAUCGCAUGUUCCAUGAAGUUGAAACAUCAAUGCGAACGUUCUGAGGGAGAAGAAACACAUCUUCUUCAUUUACUAUGUAUAUUAAAGAUUGAAAAUGGAUUUGAGGUGUAAUAUACAAGCAAAACUUCCUGAGAACAUUAAUUUGUGAAUUAUUUAUUCAGCAGCAAAAUGUAUCGAUGAGACUAUUAAACAAAAAUGAUAUGAAGUACUGAGAAACGCUUUUCUGCUGAAGCUAGCUUUGCAAUGAUUUUUUUUUCAGUUUUCUUUAUCAUUGUAAUGGAAAAUAAUAAUUUCGAAAGCAGACACGCAAACCAAAUUAUGAUAUUAAUGCUUUAAAAGCUAAAUUAUAUGAAGCUGUAUCUGUGUUGGUUUGAAUUAAGGAACAGAACAUACUUGUUCUAAUUUGCUAUAAGUAUGUUUAUCUUAUAUUGUUUUUUUUCAUUCUGUACGUUUUACAUCUGAUUGGAAAUGUAUAUGGUUUCCACGACAAUUUCUGGCAUAAGUAUUGAUUGUACCAUGUUAAUAAUUUGUGAAGUAUUUUUAUUAUGCCGUUUUCAAACCGUAUGCUUUAUUCAUGAAGAUAUCAAAUAAUACCUAACACUAUUUUCAAUAACGAAGACAGUUGUCAUGCUGUAUAUGAUAUAACAAAGUUCUUCAUUAAAUCAUUAUCAAAAUCAAUCCUACUGUAUAAUCUUACAUAACUUUAAGGUGGCUGGAUGUUCAACCAAUUAGCUAUCAGAUCUUCCUUAAAUUUUAGAGAUGCUUUCUUUAACUAUAAACUAUAAUUUAGUAAAACGAAAAUCUAUAUAUUUUACAUUUUAAAAUUUGGACAUUUUCCUAUAUCAUUAUAAAGAUAUCUCUUUUUAAGGGAGAUAAAUACAGUCUCAAAAUGGCCACCGACCAUCGAGCCCUCCUUGAAAAAAAAAAACAUUUCAAGGACGUCGUGUAUUUUGUUUUUGAAAUAAAUGUUACUUUGAGAAUCAUAA